CAGGCUUCACAUCCGGGUCAUCCGCCAGUAUCUGUCUCUCGCAUUUGUGAGAGCCUGACAGUGUGAAAAUUACUCGCUUCGCAGCCGAGCUGUACCGCAGCCCAUCGGCCGACUCCGCGGCUCGCCGAGCGGACACUGCGCCUGGCGUGCACCGCUGAUGAUGGAGCCACGGGCGAUGUGAGGCUGCACGCACAAAGGCAGGGAAAUGACACGGUAGGAGGACUGUUGUAUGGGCCAGCCCGCGGAGAUAAACUCGCCCUAACGAUGUCUAAAAGCCUCAAGAAGAAAAACCACUGGACCAACAAAGUCCACGAAGCUGUGAUAAGCCGGGGAAAGGAAGGGGAGCUGGGUUUCGAGCUAAAGGGAGGCGCGGAAAACGGCCAGUUCCCAUACUUCGGCGAGGUGAAGCAGGGGAAGGGGUUCAUCCAGAGCGGCAAACUGGCCCAGGAUGAGCUGCUGCUGGAGGUCAACGACAUGCCAGUCGCCGGACUGACCACUCGGGACGUGCUGGCCGUGAUCAAGCACUGCAAAGACCCGGUUCGCUUCAAAUGUGUCAAGCAAGGGGGGGUGGUUGACAAGGAUUUGCGGCACUACCUCAACCUGCGCUUCUCCAAGGGCUCUGUGGACCACGACCACCAGCAGAUCAUCCGCGACAACUUGUACCUCCGCACCGUCCCUUGUACAACGCGGCAGCCUAAAGAAGGGGAAGUGCCGGGUGUGGACUACAACUUUGUGAGCGUCGAGCGGUUUAUGGAACUGGAGCAAAGUGGGGCCCUGCUAGAGAGUGGAACGUAUGAAGAUAACUUCUACGGGACCCCCAAACCUCCAGCGGAGCCUUCCCCCGCAGCCCCUCCCCUGAAUGUGAGUGAGGCCCUGCUACCCGGAGCCCGGCCCAGUGCCCAGGGCAAGAGGAAGAGGAACCAGUCCGUCAGUAACAUGGAGCAGCGUGCCAGUCUAGAGCCGCCCGAGGAGGAAGAGGAGGAAAGCCCAGUCGUCAACGGCAAUGGGGUGGCUAUCACUCCAGAGUCCAGUGAGCAUGAGGACAAGAGCACAGACGCCUCUGGGGAGGUGCCAGUGGAGGGGUCUAGCCAGCUCCCAGCCUGCUCGGAGCCCGCUGCAGAGGGAGAGGAGGAACCCAAGUCACCCUCCAAAUCCCCUGCCAAAGUGCCCGAUGCCAACGAGGAGGAGCUGGGGCCACUGCCGGACAACUGGGAGAUGGCCUACACGGAGAAGGGAGAGGUCUACUUCAUAGAUCACAACACCAAAACAACGUCGUGGCUAGACCCUCGGCUGGCUAAGAAGGCAAAGCCCCCAGAAGAGUGCAGGGAGGACGAGCUGCCCUAUGGCUGGGAGAAGAUAGACGACCCCAUCUACGGCAGCUACUAUGUCGAUCACAUCAACCGGAGGACACAGUUUGAGAACCCAGUGCUGGAGGCAAAAAGACGCCUGGAGCAGCAGAGACAGAUCCAGAGCCAGGGACUGUCUGCUCUACCCCUCCCGACUAUUUACAGAGAAAAGCCUCUGUUCACACGGGAUCCCACCCAGCUUAAAGGCACAUUCCUGUCCACAGCCCUGCAGAAGAGUAACAUGGGCUUUGGCUUCACCAUCAUCGGAGGAGACGAGCCUGACGAGUUCCUCCAGGUCAAGAGUGUGAUCCCAGAGGGGCCAGCCGCACAAGACGGAAAGAUGGACACAGGUGACGUGAUUGUUUACAUAAACGACAUCUGUGUCCUGGGCACGACUCACGCAGAUGUGGUCAAACUCUUCCAGUCCGUGCCCAUUGGUCAGAGCGUCACCUUGGUGCUCUGUCGGGGCUACCCUCUGCCCUUUGACCCUGAGGACCCUAAUGCCGCAACGGGCACCUCUUUGACCCCCAUUGGCCUGGAGCAUCGCCCCCUUGUGGUGAACGGUCGUGGCAGUUAUGACCCCUACCUGGAGUACCUGUCUCUGAGCUCCCAGUUGCCAUCUCAGAGCCUUGCCGGGACACCUCACCCAGGGGACACACACUUGGAUGGCUCCUCCCUACCCCCCACCACCCCUGGGUCAGCUGUGACACCCCACGAGGACACUGCCUCCAUGGGCUCAGGCGGGACAGCAGCUGGAGCCGGGGUAACAGUACAGCCAGCCGAGCUGCUAACAGUGACUAUGGUCAAAGGGUCGGAGGGAUUUGGGUUCACUAUCGCAGACAGUCCUACAGGCCAGCGAGUUAAGCAGGUGACUGUGGCGCAGGUGUUGGAGCCAGGCACGCCACAGGGAGCGUCAAACCUGAUCGAGGGGGACCUGAUCCUGGAGGUGAACCAGCAGCCGGUGGCCGCAGCCGGACACAAUCGUGUGGUGGAGCUGCUUAAGGAGUGUCCCGUGGGCGCAGAGGCCACCUUGCUCAUCCAGAGAGGGGGAGCAGGCCACAUCUCUCCGUGGAAGGCGUCCAAACAGUUACCAGACCAGUGGGACCAGCAUGGAAGCCCUCAGACCAACCUCUCCGGUCCGGUGCUACCCCCAGGCACACCCUUCCCGAACCAGCCCCAACACCGGACCUCAGUGCCGGACUCCACUGAGGGCUUUGACCUCAACAAACCCGACCCCUACGACCUGUACGAGAAGUCCCGGGCCCUUUACGAGAGCAGACGUCCUGAGUACGAGGAAGUGGAAGUGCACCUCCUGAGGGAAAAGACUGGAUUUGGGUUCCGGAUCCUGGGGGGAGACGAGGCGGUGCAGGCUAUUGUUAUUGGUGCCAUAAUAGAGAACACUCCGGCAGAGCGUGAUGGACGACUGCGGCCCGGCGACGAGCUCAUUUCGGUGGAUAAGAACGUGGUUGCUGGGAAACCACACAAAUAUGUAAUAGACCUGAUGCAUGCAGCUGCUCGCAAUGGCCAAGUCAGCCUGACAGUCAGGAGAAGGGUGCACAUGCCUGGUGAGCCCUGUCCGGUGAACGGCCGCAGUCCUGGCUCUGUCUCUACUCAGCACAGCUCUCCUCGCAGUGAUGCCCACGCCGCUGCUCAUGGUGUAGGCAUCCCCACGGUCACUCCUGCCCCCGAGGGAGCAGCCCUGCAGACCAGUGAUGUGGUCAUCCACCGCAAAGAGAACGAAGGCUUUGGCUUUGUCAUCAUCAGCUCCCUGAAUAGACCUGAGAACACUGCAGUCAUCACUGUGCCUCACAAAAUCGGCCGUAUCAUCGAGGGCAGCCCUGCAGACCGCUGUGGGAAGCUGAAAGUGGGAGACCGGAUCCUGGCGGUGAAUGGACAGUCCAUCAUCAGCAUGCCCCACGCAGACAUCGUCAAACUCAUCAAGGACGCAGGCCUCACUGUUACUCUGCACAUUAUCCCAGAGGAGGGUAAGAGCGCCGGUUCUCAGUCUGGCCCCAGCUCGGAGAAGCAGAGCCCUAUGACCCAGAAACACAGCCCACAGACCCAGCCCACUAGUGUAGCCCAAAUGAGCCAAGCGACGCUGCAGCCUGGUCAGCCACUGCCUGUGCCCAGUCAGAUGCCCCCUCAGCCGGGACAGGUGGUUCAGAGUGUCCCUGUGUCUAUCCCCAUUGCCCCGGGGAGCCAGCCUGUGUCAGCCGGGAGCCAGCAGAGCCCAGUCACACAGCCCUCUGCCCAGCUCUACCUUCAUGACGGCAGGUCAGAGGUUAAGGCCAGGCAGGAUGUGAAACCUGACUUCCGCCAUGCGCCCUUCACUGAUUACAGGCAGCCCCCAGUGGACUACCGCCACCCCCCGGUCACCGACUACCGCCAGCCCCCCACCCUGGACUACAGGCAUCCCCCAGGCCUGCUGGACUUCAGAGGGCACCCUACAGCGGCGCAGUUCCCCCUGGGGAUCCCCGCCGACUUCAGACAGGACUAUGACUACUUCACAGUGGAGCUGGAGAAAAGCUCCAAAGGUUUUGGCUUCAGUAUUCGAGGGGGCAGAGAGUACAAGAUGGACCUCUUUGUGCUACGCCUGGCAGAAGAUGGCCCUGCUAUACGCAAUGGCAGGAUGAGGGUUGGAGAUCAGAUCAUUGAGAUAAACGGAGACAGUACACGGGACAUGACCCACGCCCGGGCCAUCGAGCUGAUCAAGGCGGGGGGCCGGAGAGUGCGGCUGCUGCUGAAGAGGGGCACAGGCCAAGUGCCAGACUAUGACUGUGGCGGCCCCUGGACUCCCCUUUCUACAGCCCACUCUGCCCUGCAGGAAGUGACCCUGGAACUGCACCCCACCCCCCUGCUCUCAUCCCAUACAGCCCCGGAGUCCCCUCCUCAGCUCUCUCUAGAGGCCACAGUGUACAUGGCAGAGAAAGCUCCACAGCCUACAGAGCACAGCUCCAGCAGGGGGCCCUCAGGUGGCAGGUCCACCCAGCAGAAGAGUGUGAUCAGGGGCCAGUGCGGAGAGGCAGAGGGGCCUCGGCUGCUGCCUGCUAAAGCCAUCCUAGGCUCCAGUGACAGAAGGCAAAGGGACACUUGCUCCCCCUGCUGUGAGAGGAAGUCUCUGCACGCUCAGACCGGGAGCACCGUGUGGUCCUGGGACUCCUAUGUGAGUGUGAAUGGUGUGUCUGUGGGCAGUGCAGAUGGGAGCCUCCAGGAGAGGCUGCUAUCCAGAGCCAGUCUCAGAGAAGAAGAGCGUUCUGGGGCAUACAGUGGGCCGUACUUUCCCCCCAAAGCUGUGGAAGAGCCUCCUGCUCGGAGCACUGCUGCCUCCCCCAGGCCCUGGGGUGUCCCAGACAAACUGCCCGGGACACUGCGCUCCUGGACGUCCACUGUCAGCAGGUAGAAAGGAUCCAACUGGCUUGGACUGGUCAUGCUGUGUGCUCCCUGCUCACUAUGGGAUGUUUCAGAGAAGCCUCUCUCAUCUCUCCUGUUUCUCUCCAUGUUUCUCUCAUCUCCAAUCUUUUUACAAGAGGAUUAUUACACCCACAACCUUAAGCAGAACUUUCACAGCUAUAGUAACCUAGAGUAUACAACCAAAUGCAGACUAUAGAAGCAAAGUUUAUGUUCAGCAGAGCAUUUGAAAUGGACACAUGUACACUUGUACCUUUAAAGGGGCGUCUUCACCAGGAUCACGUUAUUCAAACUCAAGAUACAGAUACAGAUUUGUCUGAAGGCAUUUCUUUGGGCUCAUUUUCUCUGUGCAGCAAAGACACUGAACAAGUCAUCUGAGAAAGAACCAGCGAUACAUCCAGAAAUGUGACCAAUGUGAGUCAUAGGCGUAUGCUAGCAGUGGGAAUGUCAUGCCUACCAAUAAAACAUAUACUGUAAAUGUAAAGUUGUGAAAAUAUGUACAUUUGAUAAUAUGGAGGCGUUGUUGUAGAUAAAAAGAGGAGCAAACUCACCGGGACAGUAUUUUAGGUCUAUUACUGUCAUGGCCUGGUCUAUAACUACAUAUCAAAACUGUGCGAGUCACCAAACCCAGUGCAUGAGUAUACAGCACUAUGUUAGACAGGGACCCGUGUCUUUAGCCCUAGCCUUUAGACAAGACGUCCUCUGUGGAGCGUUUUCAUGUCCAACUCACUUUAAUUCUGUCAAUGGGACUGCCGGAGCGCUUAGUAAGACCCAUGAUGUUCUCUAAGUUACAUAUCACCUCGCAGUCAUCGUGCAGAACUGUGCUGUAUUCAUUUUUGCUCAACAAACUUUGGUCUGCUCUGUGUUCCCAUUUCUGCGUAUGCCUUUUACUGUGCUAAGUGUACCAGACCACUGUGGGAGAGGGGCGUGGGAGUGGGGACAAAGAGGAGGACUGUGCUGGGGUGGGCCGGAGUGCCUUACUCAAACUAAUGCAGUUCAGUUUUGCUUUGUUUUUGAACUGAAAGCAACUUCAUGUGACAGUGCGCUGGGGCUCUGCAAUAACUCCAAUUUUAAUUUUAAUCAAGAUUGAAAUUCUCAACGACAUACCUGGGUGUUUUUAAUGACCUAUAGCCGAUCUUUUGUCAGUUAAAGCAUGUGGUUAGCAGCAGAGUAAAAAAUGUGUUAAAUUGAAAUGAUUAAAGGUGCACUAUGAACUUUUUCUGGUGGGGGGUCGGCUACCAUGGCAUGGAGAUGUUAUUGUGUUGCCUGCAAUGUUCCGCAGUAUGGCAUUCAACAUAUCUAUCCUGCAUUUAUUAAAUUACAAAUGUUUUUUUAUUGUACAAAAAUACUUUGAAACACAUUGAUUGGCUUGUCUCCAUUGAGAAAUAUUAUUUGAACACCAUGCUGUGGAAUAUUUAUAGACAUCUCCAUCAUAAAAAUUACAUAGUGAACCGUUAAAUGUCUUUAUUCAUUCAGGAAAUGAAUAUUUUUUUUAAAAAAUUGAUUUGUUCUUAAUAAGACAAAAUCAGAUUUAAAGGAACUGUAUGCAAGAUUUUGAUUAAACACAGCCUACCAAUGUCCCAGAUACAAGGUAAACAUGUUCUAAUCAAAUAUAGCUUUUACUGAUAAAAAUUCUAAUGCUGAUUUAUUCUUAGUUACAAAACCAUUGGACAUGAUGGCCAUCCUGCAAUAUAAGCUGCCCAUAUACUGGGAAUGAGGAAAACUUGUAUGUGUCCUUCAAAUGCAGGUUAAGGCACUGGCGACCCAGGUUCAGUUGUGAUUGUGGGAACAUUUUUUAAAAAUAAAAAAGAGCACAGGGUACACACAGCAUUUUUAAAAUCAAGAUUAAUCAAGAUUAAUCAAGAUCAAUCAAUACAAGGGAAAAAAGUAUUGAUGAAUUUUUUUGUCAUAUUCUCCAGCCCUACAGUGCACACACAUUGGCAGACUGUGGAACCCUCUGCUUAGGCUCAAAUCAAGCGAUACAUAUACAGUACAAGUCAAGCAGUGACCUGAUGCACUCUACACAGCUCUCAAAGACUGCCCUUUUUCCACAUGUUAAAGGGGAUUCAAUGUAGCUUGUACAACUCCAUUCUCUCUGAAGAAGUCAGUGAAGCAAUUAUCAAACCAUAUUCUGUGUUUUUUCCGAGCGCGUUCCACUCACACUGCUGCAAACGGCUCCAUCUCCCGCAAAUAUAAUUUCAGACCAAGCAUAAUUCAUCCGAAAACACAUUUUAUCAGCUGAAGAGUUGAAGCAUGCUGCUAAACUGAGCUAUGCGUUUUCUAUCUCCAUCAGUAAUCAGUCAAACAUUUGCUUUAUUCAAAUAGAAAAAUAGAGCUUUCAAGUAUUCAAGGUUGAGAUGUAAAAACAAAAACUGUGCUGUGACAAUUCUGUAGCCAAACUUAAUACACUGGGGGAGCAAAACUUGCAUUGUAUCAGAAUUCACAGACUCGAAUAGUGCAGUGCGGUGCGAAGGCUGUAGACAUGUUUUAUGGUACAAUGUGGAGAAAGGUGAAACUCGUGUCAUCUGUCUCUGUCCAGGCCACCCCCUUUGCCUGCCGUGAGUGAUUUUGUAAACAGAAAAGAAAAAAAUGGCUUUAUUUGUUAAGAAUGGAGCGUUCAUAACCCUCCCAUUGAGAUCAAGUAUAACUGUGUAGUGCUAAUUGUGUACUAUCCACCUUGUACAGCUGUAUUCCUACAAAUAUGGUUUACUGUAUCAUUGAUACUGUAGUUUCAAAGACGUGAACAACUAUUUUUAUGAAAUGCGACAGUACUGAUAUAUUACAUUUUGCUAAAAAACAAAAAACUUGUUUACUGAAAGAUAUUCUGAAAUACUGUCAAUAAACUCUUGACAUGGUGUAAAACA